GCAGGCAAAAAAAUAAUGUAAAAGUGUAUUUAUUUAUUUUUGUAGCUAAAUGGGUGGGUCUCUGCCCAUUUGCCCUGAAUGACGGUCGCCACUGCAGCGCAUAGCUGUUGAGCAGACCACCACCUAUCGACGAUAGUAUCGUUAACCAAUCAUGUCAAUGCGGAGCCCUCCACAUUUCUACAACAUUUGUGAGGCGCACGGCGAUGCGUAGGUACUGAGCUCAAUUUGGCAUCUGCAUGCAUGCUGAGCCACUGACCACAUUUUCAUAUCAAGCAUAAAUUGGCUUUUAAGGUCAGGGUUUAGGGUAGUCCCUACCCAAGGAUUCCGGAUAGCACUAACCGUAUUAUUAAUGAAAGCGCUGGUCGGCAGUCCAACUCUAGCGAGCUUGUGUCGGAACUAUUACACUGUCGAAAUAGUUUCCACACGGAUAUAAAAACGAGACCUUUCGUCUUUUGCAAACUUGGAGUAAACGUGGCUAUUAUUAACCUCAUUAUCAUACCUAACGUUUUCGGAUGUAACUGCAAGGAAGACUCAAGAUGGAAAGACACAUCCGUGGGGGAAAAGGUCUCCCUCUUCCUCUCCCCUCUCUGCGGCUUAUGAUUCCACCACUGCGGCUGGUCUCAGCAGCCAUCUGGCAAACGAUCCAGCAGAGACACGUGAUGGAUUAUGGGAUGCUGGAGGAGUUUGUUACCAUGGUUACAGAGAUGGUGCCAGAGCUUCUGAAUCACAGUCAGAGGGCCCAACUUAUUCUGGGUCUUCGAGCACGGCUGGUCCUGGAGUUGUGUCGCUCCAAGCCGAUCACAGACCUCCAGACCAUUCAGCCACACCUGGACAGGAUACAGACCCUCACACCUCUAUGGGGGACACAGGCGACUGAUGCAGAGGUAGGAUUAUCUGAAUCCAAUUUCCUGGGGCUGGUUCAAACCCUUCUGAAAGACCCAGACGAAAGGAAACAUUUCUUCCAGGAUGUUUUUCCUGUAGAAUUUGGUCCCAGUUAUGACGCAGCCAUACAGAAACUCAUGUGGCAAUUCCUUUCGAGACUGGAGAAGCUACUUCCUGUGACAAACUUCCAACAGGCUGCCUUGCUGCUCAGCGAUGUCCCCUCUGUUCUGGAGGAAUGUGUUGAGUCCGUGUCUCACCCUCAGCAGCUGAAAACCCUGCUUCAGUACCACAGAGAUCUCUGCCAGCUGGACAACCAUAACCCUCCAUCUUCCACCGAUGGGGAUUGCAUUCUCUCAGCUCUCUGUCUUCCUCCUGUGGAAAGGGUGGUAAUUACAACAGAGGUGAAGAAAGAAGGAACAGGUAUUGAUGUAAAAGAAAGAGAAGGGGUGGAUAGCAGAUCAGGUGAAUGUGAGAAAAACAAAACAUCCUCUGUUAGUGAUGAUGAAGAGGCAGAGGAUGAUGCAGAGUUUUUUGAACAAGAGACAGACAAGGUGGAACCAGAGUACGAAACAGUGAUGGGUAUAGGGGAAGAUGGUAUAGAGAAGCCUUUAAAACUUCUCAAAAAGCCCACCAAAAAGAAAGAAGAAACCCAUGAUGAAAAAUGUAGAAAAAUGCCCAAACCUGGACAAAAGAGAAGCAUAGGCGUAUCUAAAGAAAUCAUAUCCUCCAUGAUACAAAAGCCCUCAGUGGACCUACAAGGGAUUGUCAUCGCUAACAUGACACAGACCCCCAAAUCAAAUCAAAAGGUCCCGAGAGCCAAAAGGUCCCUGGAGCGUAGAACAUGCAAGGUGUGCGGCAAGGUCGUCCAGCGUCCUGCAGUCUUGAGGAAACACAUGGUGACUCACACUGGUGACUGGCCCUAUCAAUGUCCCACCUGUAAGAAGAUUUACAAGGCCUUGGGAAGCUUCCAGGAACAUACUGAAAGAUGUGUCUUUCCUAUUGAGGAAACGCCUGAAGACAGUGAGUCGUCCAUAUCAGUGAUGCAAUACAAGGGUGUGAUGUUGAAGAAAAUUUUACCGCGGCCGCCAGGACAAAAAGCAGGCCCAAAUGAAAGAAAACAAAAACGCGUUGUCUGCAAGACAUGUCCUGUUUGUGGGAAGACUUUCGCCACAGGUUCGAGCAUGAAGCGGCAUCAGAUUAUCCACACUGAGCCCAAAAAGUGCAGAGUCUGCAAACACAUCUUCCCUAACUCUUCCGAACUGAAGAUCCACAUGGAGUCCCAUCCGAAGAAAGGAAUCCAUCAAUGUAGUAACUGUGAGAGGACCUUCAAGCACGAUUACAGUGUGAAGGCUCAUGAAGAGGCUUGUCUUUUUCUGAGUCGUCAACAAGGGGAGCUUGGAGAGAGCUGUGGUCCUCCAGCUAUGGGGCAGACAGACCCAGGGCCAUCAGGCAGUACACACCAGCAGAGCAUGACAUGGGAAGCAGGAAUCAUACCUCUCUCUGCAACUCUGAACAAUCAGAAUUCUGCCUUCACCUACAUGCAUUCUGUGGAGGGGUCAUCCGCAAGAGCUAAAAGGUCCCUGGAGCGUAGGACAUGCAAGGUGUGCGGUAAGGUCGUCCAGCGUCCUGCAGUUCUGAGGAAACACAUGGUGACCCACACUGGUGACUGGCCCUAUCGAUGUCCUACCUGUAAGAAGAUUUACAAGACCUUGAGAAGCUUCCAGGAACAUAUUGAAAGAUGUGUCUUUCCUAUUGAGGAAACUCCUGAGGACAGCGAGUCAUCCUCCACCUCUGCAACCAAAGACCCAUCUUCCACCCCGGAACCAAGUGCAUCUAUACAAUCAUCCAAACGCUGUGCAAGGUGUCCUAUUUGCCAUAAAUUUGUAUCGGGAUACCUGAGAUAUCACAUUCUAUCUCAUUCAGAUGAGCGCCCACACGCUUGCCCUCGUUGUGGGUCGAAAUACAAGUUCGACUUUGUAUUGAGGAGGCACAUGAGACUGUUCUGCAAGGUGAGGAAGGGUGAACCUGUUGAAUUAGGGGAAAAGAAAAUCCACAAGUGUAAUGAAUGUGGGAAGGAAUUUGGGCUAAAAUCCACACUGACGGCACACAAACGCAUCCACAACCCACUUCGCUGCGCCUAUUGCCGAAGGAUGUUCCCAGACCAAGAAACGCUUGCAAUACACAAGGUAGAGCACAAACCGGUUCAAUGCACCAUGUGUGAGAAAAGCUUCAAUGUGAUAAGAUACCUCUCCAGACACUACGUGGAUGACCAUCAGUUCAGUGGGCCGUUCCGCUGCACAUACUGUGAGAGAAGCUAUGCUGAGUUAUCUGUUUUCGUCCGACACGAGAGGACUCACACCGGGGAUCUCCCAUAUAAGUGCUCCAACUGUCCAAAGAAGUUCCAUUUUGAAACUGCUCUUGUGACACACCAGAGAAAGCACACAGGAGAGAAACCGUGCCUUUGCUGGGAGUGUGGAAAGAGCUUCCAAUCCAAGGGGAUUCUGAAAACACACAUGAAUCGUGUUCACACUCCUCAGGUGAAACGUUUCCCUUGUUCCCAGUGUAACAAAGCUUUCCGGGACAAGGGUCAAAUGAAGAUGCAUGAGAAUGUAUACCACAAAGGGGUGCGUUACCCAUGCUCCUACUGCGGUAAGGGGUUCUACAGCCCUGCCCCAUUGGCGAGACACGUAUUGAUUCACACUGGGGAGAAUCCUUAUUCCUGCACAUUUAAGGAGUGUACCAGGGUUUUCAAAUCGGCUUCUGAACUGAGGAUACACAUGAGAUACCAUACUGGAGACCGGCCAUUCAAGUGCAAGGACUGUGGGAAGGGUUUCGUUCAAGCCCAUUAUCUUACCAUACACCGGCGAAGUCAUACCGGGGAGAAACCGUAUUCAUGUCUCACCUGCAACAAGUCCUUCAGCACCUCCCAUCAGUUGAGCAGACACAUGAAGACUCACACAGGAGAGAAGCCUUACCAAUGUAUGGAUUGCGGGAAAGCUUUCAAUCGUAGAGACCGUUUGCGGACUCAUCAAGAUAAAUGCCACCCAGCUUAUUAGUUGAAGUUAAAGAAAGUUAAGAUCAUUAUGUUCUCAAUGUUCUAUAAAUGCUGAUUGUGUUAAGCAAUUGUUGUAAAUUAACUGCUUAUGUAACCAGUAGCAAAUGACACAGCCUAAACUCAGCAUGCUCUAGCAACCCUACCAUGUAUGUUCUGUGUAUUUCUUUAGUUUUCUUUGCUAUGGCUGUAGUGAUGACUACUUUCUCCUUCUGUGAUUAAUAAAGUACAAUCUCAUCAACACCCA